UAAGUGCUGUGUUUGUUUGUUUUUUUUUUAGCCACAAAAUAUAUAUAUGUAUUUAUUAUAUUUUUAUCUCAAAAAUGUACUGGAUAAUUGCAUAGGAAUAUAGGUUUACUGCAAAAAGUCGGAAGUCACGAAAACGCAUAUAGAGAUAUUAGGCUGCUGUUCAUCUUCAACAGAUAACCAACCACCUUCACACCCGCCUUUUAAAUGGAUGAAUUCGCCAACACAACAUGGGAUCUAGAAAUGCUUUGGAACUCUUACAACCAUGCAAAUGAGUCCUUGAAUCACUUUCUCGAAAUGAUCAACCAAACCACCGUGGCACCCAACAUAACCGACAUCUUCGGUCCCACCCGUGACUCACUCAAUGUUGUGAUACCCGUAACAAUAAUCUACUCUCUUAUCUUUGUUACCGGUGUAGUGGGUAACAUUAGCACAUGUAUCGUCAUACGAAAGCAUCGCUCAAUGCAUACCGCUACCAACUAUUACCUCUUCAGUCUUGCCAUCUCCGAUUUCCUGCUCCUAAUAUCGGGUGUCCCGCAAGAGGUUUACUUCAUUUGGUCCAAAUGGCCGUAUGUGUUUGGUGAAGUGUUUUGUGUUGGCCGUGGGGUAUUGGCCGAAACAUCAGCCAAUGCAACUGUUUUAACCAUAACUGCCUUCACAGUGGAACGUUAUGUCGCGAUAUGUCAUCCGUUCUUUGCACACGCCAUGUCUAAGUUAAAUCGUGCAACGAAAAUCAUUCUACUGAUAUGGUUGAUAUCGUUACUGACGGCACUGCCACAGGCAGCUCAAUUCGGGGUCAAUAGCUUUUUUGGUGUAAAAAAGUGCACAGUGGUGAGGAUAAUCGUGGAAUAUUCGUUCCAAUUAUCGACAUUUUUGUUUUUCUUUGCUCCAAUGACUAUAAUAUUGGUUUUGUAUUUGCUGAUUGGAGUCAAAUUGCAUCAGGCUAACUCGUUAAAAUCGAAUGGAAAUAUUCUGUAUCGAUCGGGUAAUGGGAGUAGUGUGAGGAGUAAAAAUCAACAAGGGACUAAGAGAGUAUUGAAAAUGUUGGUUGCAGUUGUUAUUGCAUUCUUCCUGUGUUGGGCGCCAUUUCAUGCACAACGAUUAAUUGCAGUUUACGGUGGUGGCGGUGAUGGCUCUCACAGUUCUAUAGUUAUUAAGCUGUACAAUAUUAUGACGUAUAUCUCAGGUGUUCUGUAUUAUCUAUCAACGUGCAUCAAUCCAUUGCUCUAUAACAUAAUGAGCAAUAAGUUUCGAGGAGCCUUCAAGGAAACGUUCCAGUGUUUCGGUGGGGGGAUCAUCUCGACGACGUCGUUCGAUGACGAACAGAGCCGCCAGAAACACGACCUUACACGGUCGCAGCGAUUGCGAACUGCAUUCCACGAAUCAGAUUUUACAAGCAGUUCUCAGCGAGAAGAAAGUAACCAGUCAACUACUUCAUGGCGGCUUAACCACCCCCUAGCUCAAUUAUCGAUUGGCGAAGAACAACAACAAUCUCUAACCAAAUUACCCUAUUGUGAUAGAAAUGCAACUUCUUGUGUUGCAACAACGAAAGAAUGGGUUACCAUUAGAGAUAAUAAUAUCAUCAAGAUUGAUGAAUUUGAUUUGCCAUCUAAAGAAGCCAGUUUGAAUGUUCUAUAUGGUCGUGAUGGUGAAAUUGAAAUUAGACUUAUGAGACAUAAAAAGUCAGCUAGCGAACCGGUGCGUAAGAUUUGGUCAAGAAUUACACAAUUUUGUAGAUCGAGUACGGUUAAGUCAUCGGCAAGAGCUGGAUUUUAUACACCACCAAUUGAUGAGAUCUAUUUGAAUCGAUUUGAUUUUACGGUGGCUUUGAAAUCGAGACAGGAAAAGCAACAGCAUCAUGAACUAUAUGGAGAAUAGUUGUGUCGGAGGUGUUUGGUUUGUGUGACAUCUUUGACGGAAACAACAAUUACUACUACACAACUGGACAAUGAACAACACAGUUUCAUGUUAAAUGUUUAACCUACCAAUAAAUACAAAAAUAACCACGAUACAAAUUUUUGGUUGAGUCAAAUAGUUCUUGUACAACGAAAUUUUAUUAAAUUUUUUCAUUGAACUUUUGUAAUAUAUGUAAAUUAAAAAUAAAUAAUAGAGGAAGACAAAAAUAUUUUACAUACAAAUUUUAUAAUUUUACGUUUUCAAAAAAAAAAAAAAUGUUUAAUUUUAAGUUAUAUUUAUAAUUAAGCAAAAAGCUUUAAAAAUUUUGUUCUUUAAUUUCAAUACUAUGGUUAAUGAAAGAAAUAUUAUACAGUAUUUUCAAAAAAAUUUUGAAAUCGAAGGUUUUUUUAAUAAUAAUGUGAUCCCAAGUAAUAUAAAUAUAUAUAUUUGUACAUAACUUAA